CCGUUCCCGCAACCAACCCUGCCGGAGAAAAUGGAGCUCUUCCUCCUCAUUUGCUUACUCUGCCUCGUCGUCACCAUCACCCUUCACCACUUCCUGCUGCCAACAAAACCUCCGGCGGCGGCGGGCAAACUCCCGCCGGGCCCCACCCGGCUGCCAAUCAUCGGCAACAUCCACAACCUAGGCGGCAAGCCUCACAGAUCCCUAGCCGAUCUUGCCAAAAAACACGGGCCGUUGAUGAGCAUCAAGCUGGGCAGAAUCACCACCAUCGUCGCUUCUUCCCCAGCCGUGGCCAGGGAGAUCCUCCAAAAGCACGACAACGUCCUCUCCCACCGCCACACCGGCCUCGCCAUGGAAGUCCUCGACCUCCACAAAUUCGCCAUGCCGUUUCUCCCCCCGCAUUCCAAGUGGAGGAACCUCAGGAAAGUGUGCAACUCCUAUCUCUUCACCCCUCAGAAGCUCGACUCGUAUCAGGAGCUCCGGAGGGAGAAGGUUCUCGAGCUGUUGGAAGAUGUCCGACAGACUGCCUCCCAGAGGCCUGGAGAGGCGGUUGACGUCCGCAGGGCGGUGUUCAGGGCGACUCUGAACUCUUUGUCGUCCACCAUUCUUUCGUUUAAUCUAGGGGAUGUGGAGAGGUCAGAGACUGCCAGGAAGUUUCAGGAGGAUGUGAGUGGGAUCCUGGAGGAAGCAGGGAAGCCCAACUUGGGAGACUACUUCCCUGUGCUGGCGAGUAUGGAUUUGCAGGGGAUACAGAGGCGGAUGAAGGGACAUUUGGAGAAUGUUCUCAACUUGUUUCAAUGGGUCAUCGACGAACGGGUGAGGAAGAUCAAGUCCGAUGAGCACUACGUCUCGCCAAACGACAUGCUCGACACGCUUCUGGCUAUUGGAGACGACGACAAUCGUGAGGGGGCUGCCGCCAUGGAUCCACUUUCCAUCAAGCACUUGUUGUUUGAUCUGUUUGUAGCAGCGAGUGAAGAUGUGGAAAUAUGUGGCUUCAUCGUGCCCAAAGGUGCACAAAUUCUGGUCAACGUAUGGGCUAUAAGUCGGGAUCCGAUGGCAUGGGACAAUCCAAACUCAUUCGUGCCGGAAAGGUUCUUGGGUUCGACGAUCGAUGUUAGGGUGAAUGAUUUUGAGCUGCUUCCAUUUGGUGGCGGAAGAAGGGUAUGUCCUGGAAUGUCGUUGGGAUUGAGAAUGUUGCAUAUGAUGUUGGGUUCAUUGAUUCACUGGUUCAAAUGGAAACUGCCAUAUGGGGUCGCGCCAGAGAAGCUAGAUAUGGAAGAGCAGCUUGGGAUGGCUUUGCAUAAGUUCAAACCAUUGUUUGCUGUUCCGAGCCCCCGAUAA